GUAUCUUUUCAACCACGAAUCCUUGUCUGUUUAAAAAUCAGAAACUAGAUUUGACAAACGACAAUGAGUUUGUAGAAUUAAGAAUAUGUCUUCAAACGGUUCACAAAGGUUACAAACAUUACUUCAUCACCUUAAAUCACCUUCCAACACCAAUCCACUAAAAGAAACUUCAAUUUACAAACAAAACAAGAGAGCAGCGGUUCUUAUUUGUUUAUUCGAAGGUCAAGAUGGGAAUUUGCGUGUUAUUCUUACACAACGUGCUUCUUCUCUCUCAACCCACGCCGGUGAGGUUGCUUUGCCAGGUGGCAAGAGAGAUGAAAGUGAUGCUGAUGAUAUUGAAACUGCUUUGAGAGAAGCAAAGGAGGAGAUUGGAUUAGACCCUUCUCUUGUUACUGUUGUUACUCUUCUCGAACCCUUUCAUACUAAGUAUGGCAUCACAAUAAUACCAGUAGUUGGAAUAUUGUCCAACAAGGAUACAUUUUCACCAAUUUUAGAUUCAGCCGAAGUUGAAGCAGUAUUCGAUGUUCCCUUGGAGAUGUUCCUCAAGAAUGAUAAUAGAAGAUCUGAGGAAAGGGAAUGGUUGGGAGAGAAGCAUCUUGUACAUUAUUUUGAUUAUGAGGUAGAGAACAAAAAGUACGUGAUAUGGGCUAUAACGGCUGCAAUUUUAAUUAGGGCUGCUACCCUUUUGCUUCAGCGGCCGCCAGCUUUUCUAGAGCAGAGGCCUAAAAUAUGGGGAGGAAUUACUGAAAAUGACAUGAUAAUACUACAGAGAAGUAAUCCACAACUGUGAUUUUAUUUAUAUCUCUUUUAAGUUUGCAUAUGCUUCUUCUCCACAUGAAGCUGUUGUGCAUUUUUUUUCGCAAUAAAAGUUUGGUAAAGAAAUUACAGUAUUCAAAUUGGGAAAGGGAGGUUGGUAUGGAGAAGUAUCUUGUACAUUAUUUUGAUUAUGAGGUAGGGAACAAAAGGUAUGUAUUAUGGACACAGAGCAGGAAUGCCAAUGACCAAAAGAAAAGUACAAUGUAUGAAGCUCCCACUAAUAAUAUGUACGUUACCAAGCUGGUUAUUCUUGGUGUUCAUUUUGCUA